AUGGACCCGCAAAUGCUAAAUACGAUGAUGGCGCAGCUGGGUAUCUCUCCGGAGGAUCUACAAGCAUAUCAAGAUACGAUGGGAGCCGUCGGAAUACCUGAGACGAGCACCAGCCCUCCUCAGUUCCAUCCCGGAAUGUCUGAAGCCGAAUUGCGCGUAGCCAUCCCUAGGUACAAGGCGUGGCUCGAGGAGGACCGCAAGAUUCUACCCCAGCGUGCACGAUAUGUGUCGCGCCAGACAUUGCUCUCAUUUCACAAUCGAGUUCGUCAGGCUCGAUGGUCAGACGGACUCCCACAGGGUGAAGUGAGCACCAGGAUGACAAUAUCGGGAUUCCCAAAACAUUCCAGUAUAGUUCCCCUAGAACGACUGGAGCGCAUCUGCUUCUCUCAAAUGCUUGUUCGCAAAGUACACCUAGGAUCAUAUCUUCUCUGUCGUUCGAUCGCACCUUCCUCAUCAGUACAACUCCUCGUCGAAGACCCAGAGGGGACCACGCAUUACCUCACCAUCUACAAUUUCCCCACUACCUUUCAAUGCUCCCUCAAAUAUCUCGAUGACUUGCUUCCGGUCGGAACAAUCUUCGCAAUCCGUGAGCCAACCUUCAAGGCUCCGACAACGGGAGAUUAUCCAAUUGUCCGCGUCGAUUCACCCAGUGAUAUCAUCCUGGUGAGCCCGGGACAUAGUGUCCUUAAGGGCGUUGCCUGGCGAACACACGACCCCUCCUCGAAGAUAUUAGCGAUGUCCACGGUAGACUCAUGCAGAGAUCGAGGGAACGCCUUUUUUAAAGCGUCGCACUGGCUUCCUGCGGCUCUCAUGUACUCUCGCGGGCUCGCAGCAGAUCCUGAGGCCACCGUCCUGCUAUCAAACCGUGCGGAGGUUUACCUGCGUCUUGGGUUCUGGUCCGGUGCUAUCGCCGAUGCCAGACGCGUUCGAACAAAUUCCGAUGCGCCUGAAGCUCUUCGUAACAAAGCGGUUUUCCGUGAAGCGAAGGCAGAAUAUGCGAGAGGGAAUUACAAGACAGCCGAAGACCUAUUCCUUCAAUGGCAAAGUGUUCGUCCCGAUGACGAGGAGGUGAAAGGCUGGAUAUCUCGAGCGCGUAAGCGACAGGCGGAACAAGAGACUGGUCAAUACGACUGGGAGACGUUGUUCAACCAGUCGCAGUCAGAUCAUCAUCUUGAUGUUGCCGAAUUCCGUGGCCCCAUCGAGGUACAACAAGUGUCCCGACGCGGUGGUGGCCGUGGCAUAGUGGCAGUUCAAGAUAUUGAGAUAGGCCAACUCCUCGUAGCGAAGCCAUUCCACAGCGUCUACGAGCGUGACCUUCAUCCGAACGAGAUCAUGUUGAGCGUUGACCUGAUCACUUCCAAGAUGAAUACACGUACACAGAGCGCUCUUUUGGCGGGCGUCAUGCAGAAGCUCCUUGGCAAUCCUGAAUUGCAUGGGUUGGUCUUUGACCUCUACGCUGGACCCGACUCCUCUCCCCCAUCGUCAUAUCCUCCUGUGAUAUCCCCCGACGUCACGCCCGUAGAUCCCUCCCAGGCAUCCAUCGACAUCGAUGUGGCUCGUUUGGAUGCUAUCAUCUCGUUCAACGGCUUUUCACCCUCGGUACUUGAACCCAUUUCUUGUAGGUCCAAGUCUAGGCCUGAAGAAGGGAAGCCAAGCGGGUUGUAUUUACUGCCCUCGCUCUUCAAUCACGCCUGCCAGAGCAAUGCCGUCUGGACUUGCGUGGGCGAUGUGAUGGUCAUUAGGGCGACGAAGCGCAUCAUACUUGGGGAGGAGAUUACAAUACCCUACACCUCUGCCCAUGGCAAUCCAUACGAGGAGCGUCGAGCUAUACUCCGACGGUUUUCCAUCGACGAAUGUGGCUGUUCUCUGUGCCAAGACGAUCGCAAGGACGACGAAUCGGCGCACAAGAUGAGAGACGAACUUCUCGCCAAGAGGAAGUCGAGUCGACUGACCGACGCCUCGACCGCCCAACUCUUAUCGCUGGAACAGCAGUUUGCGGCGACCUAUUCGCCAUCACGGGGUCCUUGCAAACCUAGACUGGCCGAUAUACAGCAUGCUAUAGCGGAGACGCUGCGCAAGCCGGGCAGCACAGCGUCGAUUCCAAACGCGAUUGAAUACGAGAAGAAGGCACUAGAAAGUCUAGGGUUCAUUGUCUUGGGCAAGGACGCCAUGCAGCAGUCCGAGUCAUGGGACGGCACCAAAUUGCCAAUCGAUACAGCACAAAUAUCAACGGCGUCUGUUUUCGACAUCCCAGCUCUCUGCAUGCUGAGGCUUGCACACGACUAUCUGCGACUUUCCGACACGUCAGGUGCCAUCGGAUGGUUAAAGACCGCACAGUGGCUCGUUGCAACCUGGGUUGGUGGAGACAAGAUGUUUUUCAUGCGAGUAAUGGCUCCCGUGCUUGAAGAAUGGAAAUUGAAAAGGUUGGCAGCGUCAGUCGUCCUCUCCGACGCAACCAUCUCUGAUACAAUAGACUGCUACUCGACUCACGAGGGCUUUCAGAGAUUGUACAGUGAUAUGGCCCGCUAUUUCCAUAGUAUAGGUGGUAAUCCGCAACUCCGCUGCCCAUCUAAGGCGCCGACCCUUUAUCAUGUCUCGCUAUAUGAAGGAGGGACAUCCACGGGAAUAUCGUGUUCGGGUGGGGCGGCCCCUGCCGACGAAGAGGAUGCGUCCACAGCUCCGAAACGUAUGCCCGAGUCCGCAUGUAGUCCAGCUUGCGCCGCCUUGCUGUUCGCCUGGUUUGGCGAAGAUUUAUUCCGCACAGACAUCUCCGGCGCACCAGAGCUCGAGCCUGCUGCAGAGGCUGAGUAG